CUUAUUUUAUACUUCCGGUUUCAUUUCAAUUUUCAAUAUUCUUAUUCUUUACCUCAAUUACCAUCUCUUUAAUUGGGAAAUAUUACGUUGACCCCCUUUUCGCAAAGAAUCGAUCUUUUUUCAUCUACCGAAUCUGCUGUAUUUGUUUGGGAGUCCAAGUCUUUUUCCUAGAAAAAGGAAGUGAUAAAAAAGAAUGGAGACAAGAGUGUCACUUGGUGUGAAAUUACCGACACGUAUAAACACGGAAAAUAUUGCAAUCAAACCAAACAGUUUGCAGUUUUUUCGUAACCAUGGAGAGCAACGGUUGUGUCAGCUGCCCGUUUCGAGGAAUCUCCUUGCGAAAAGGCGAAGAGUUUACGGACCUGUGAUAUUUAAGGUUUCGUGUUCUUCCGAACACAGUCCAGCUUCGACGGUGGAGACUCGAAGUGUUCCAGCUUCAUUUGAUGAAUCAAAGAUCAUAAAAAAUAUAUCAGAAGAGAUCGAACCAUAUCUAAAUGGACGUUGUAUAUAUCUUGUCGGAAUGAUGGGAUCCGGUAAAACAACAGUAGGCAAGGUUUUGUCAGAAGCCCUUGGAUACUCAUUUUACGAUUGCGACAAACUGAUAGAGGAGACUGUUGGAGGAAGUACCGUAGCUGAAAUCUUCAAGUUAUACGGAGAGAGCUUCUUCAGAGAGAAUGAGACGGAGGUAUUGCACAAGUUGUCUUCGAUGCAACGGUUAGUUGUUUCGACGGGCGGGGGUGCUGUUGUUCGGCCAAUUAAUUGGAGACACAUGCACAAGGGUAUAAGUGUUUGGCUAGAUGUACCUUUGGAAGCCUUAGCACAGAGGAUUAUAGCCGACGGUACUAAUUCCCGGCCGCUAAUACGUUACGAAUCUGGUGAUCCUUAUUCUAAGACGAUGAAGCGAUUAUCUAAUUUAUUUGAAGAGAGGGGUGAAGCAUAUGCUAAUGCCAACGUCAGAGUUUCUUUCGGAAAUAUCGCAGCCAAACGUGGAUUUAAAGAUGUGUGUAAUCUCACACCAACCGUGAUCGGUAUCGAGGUGCUUCUGCAAAUCGAGAAUUUCUUGAAGAAAUAAAUAAAGGGCAGCAAUUGUUUCGGUUUUUUUCGGGAUGAGAGACUAUUGGCAUAUGAAUGAAUGUGGAAGAAGUUUGAGCUUCAUCAAAUAAGUUAUAUGAUAUGCUGUAAAUACUUCUACUCAUAAAUCAUAAUAGAAGUUGCUGAGAAUUCAACUUCGCGUAUUCAUUUUUUUUUUUCGUUUGUAAUUUAUGUAACGGAACCUCACAUUUUUUUUUCUCCAUAUUUAUAUAUUUUGUUUGUUCUUCUUA